AUGUAGUUGGUGCUGGACCUCUCCCUCUCUCUUCUGUGGUUAGGUCAGAGACAGGCAACUGGAAGCAAAUAACCUUGAGAUAUCUUAGAAAUCAGCUUCUGUCCUACCAAACCAUGGCACCACAUCGUGAGCCUGAGAGCAGCAGCAAUAACCUACCUGCUAGUAGAGCCAUUGGAAAGUGUGGGAAAGGGACUCCUGCUUGAUGGCAGCAACCCUUUUAGCAUCCCAUAAUUCAACAUUAAGAGAUUGUUCAACCUAAGUUGUUGUUUUUUAGCCUCUCGAAGAAAAGCUCACGCACUCACACAAGAAAGUAAUGGGCCACACAGCUAUAUCCCCUCCCCUCUCUCUUCCAUCAAUUAUGAGGGGUUGGAGGAGAAAACUUGCACCAGCACCCUCUUGGAAGGUUAGCCAAUUCCAACUACAAACAGGGGCCCACCUAGGAAACUUUUUCAUGGUCUGAUUUUGAGGCUUUUAGCAACUAAAAAGCUCUUCUCAACUGCAAAACCUCAUGGCUAAACUUCAGAUGCUAAAGAUUUUAGUAGAACUUUUAGACUGAGGAAAUGAUGAAGUGUCAUGAUUUGAUGAAGAACAGGGACAAAAAACAUAUUUCAGACGGUCAGCUUUUCUGUAACAAAGAGAAUAAAAAGAAAGUUAAACAUGAGAAUGGGAAAACAAAUUAAGAAUUGAGGAUUGAUGACAGUGCCCUAAAGACAAAGUGUAACACACAUUUAACGAAGUUUUCAGGGAAUUUAUGGAGGUGAGCAGAGAUAAGAAUUUUUGAAGGGAGAAGUAAAGAAGGCCCAUUACAACCACAACUGCCAAGGCUCAGGGGUUCCUUGGAGUAGCAUUAAAGACACUGCAUUGCUGCAUUGCAUCUUCUUCACUGUUACAGCACCUACACCACCCAAAAAUAAAUGUUUUUUCAAUAAAAAAAAAAGAAUAUAAGAAAACAAUGUACUAGAUUUAUAAGCAGAAGCUUAGAAUUUAUGCUUUUAUGAUUUCUAGUUGAGGAACAUGGGUUGUGCUCCUCAGAUUCUCCACAUGAUCUUCAUCAUCACUAUAUUCAUGCUCAUAUUAUUACAAAGUGCCCACGUUUUUAUUUCCGAUGAUGCUUCAGUGGAUGCAGAAGGGUACUUCCAAGCUCCUGGCCUACCGAAGGUGAAUUUCAUAAAGGAAAGUACUGGAGAUGUUAAUAAUGAGAAGCAGAUUGAAAAAGUCUCUGGAGAAGAUGAGAAUGAAGAAAAAGAAACACUGAUAGUUCAGAAGUUUAGAGCUUUACUUGGACUAAAGAGUUCCAAAACAAGAAGCUCAUUAACUGAGUUUGUGUCACGAGCACCUUCUCCAUCAGCCACCAUGGAAUCUGAGCCUCCUGCUUUUGCUCCUGCUCCUGCUCCUCCAAGGUUGCCAAUUCAUGUACAUUCUUAUUCUCCUCUGCAUCACAAACAUCUAGCCCCACCACCACACAAGAUUCAGAAAGAGCACAAAGAUAAAAGUCGACUUAAAAGAAUUCUUGUAGCAGUUCUAGUGCCUGCAGGAGCUGCCUUCUUGGUUUGUGCUCUUGGGCUCAUUUGGUUCUCUGGAAAAUUCAGGGAGCAUAGGAAAAAAUCUGCAAGAAUAAUGUCGGUGCACAGGAAAAAAGGAAGAACCAGAGGUAAAUCAAAGUUUGUUAGUUCUCAAAAGUCGGCAAGCAAGGUGAGCUUAAAUCCUGCCCUUGAUCUCUUGUAUCUUAAUUCGUUAGAAAAGGAUUUGGAGCAACAAACUACUUAUCUUAAGCAAACUCCUGAAACUGUAAACACAUUAUCAAAUCAUAGCACUCCAAAGUCUUCAAUGAAUGAGAGGCAGGAAUCAAAGCAAGAAUUGAUAGUAAAGUCAGAUUCUGACAAUGCUAGUAGUUCUUCCACAAGGGAAAUCACGUCUGUUCAUGGUGAUGGGGAAUCGGUAAAAUAUGAAUCUGAUGGCGGUAACUCUUCAUCUGGGGAUAAAAUUAUUCCCACUGAAUGCCAUUCAUCAGAUGAUGAGUCUUUUCACUCUUUUGUUGAUUCACAUUCAUCUAAUGUUCGGCUUUCUAAUGCUUCGGCUGGUAGUCUUAGUGAUAUUUCAGAAAUUCCCCCCUCAAAUGUGCCACAGAUAAUACCAUCUCCUUCACCACCUCCUACACAUUUAGACAUUCUAGAAGCAACACAAGUUCAGGAUAAGAAUUUCACAGCCCCCCCACCUCCGCCACCUCCUCCCCCACCCCCGCCACCGCCACCUGCUCUGGCACCAAGAAUGUGCAUACCUUCUUCACGCACACCUUCGCGAUCAAGCAGAAUUACAUCUGAAGCUUCAAGUUCUUCUUCAUUACCAAAUUUAUCACCUCCUAGGAAGUCAGAUGCUUCUUCAGGAUCAAACCAAACACCUCGAAAUGACUUACCGCCUUCACCUCAAAAGUCUCCCAAACCUUUACGAGCGCUGUCGAGUAUUCCUCCUCCCCCAUGCCCACCUCCAUUUCUAAAAGGAAAUAAUGGCUCUGCCAAAGGCCCACCUCCUCCACCAUGUCCACCUCCAUUUCUGAAAGGAAAUAGUGGCCCACCUCCUCCACCAUCUCAACUUCCUCAAUAUACACCAUUAGGAAAAGAUGGAGUACCACUGGCAAAAUUGAAGCCACUUCAUUGGGACAAAGUUAGAGCAGCACCAGACCAAAGCAUGGUGUGGGACAAGAUAAGAUCAAGUUCAUUUGAAUUAGAUGAAGAGAUGAUCGAAUCGCUUUUUGGAUACAAUUUACAAAGCACAACGAAGAAUGACGAAGCGAAGAGCAAAACUCCUUCACCAAGCAAGCAUGUACUUGAGCCAAAGAGGCUGCAGAAUAUCACUAUCCUCUCGAAAGCCAUAAAUGCAACUGCUGAGCAAGUAUGUGAAGCACUAAUGAGAGGGGAUGGCUUGUGUUUACAGCAACUCGAGGCACUGGCGAAGAUGGUACCUACUAAGGAAGAAGAGGCUAAGCUAUUCGGUUAUAAAGGAGACAUCAAGGAGUUGGGGUCUGCAGAGAAGUUUGUUCGAGUAGUUCUUAGCAUACCGUUUGCCUUUGAACGAGUUGAAGCAAUGCUUUAUAGAGAAACUUUUGAAGAUGAGGUGGUUCAUCUGAGAAACUCUUUUUCAAUGCUAGAGGAGGCUUGCAAAGAACUCAGGUCAAGCAGACUCUUCCUAAAGUUGCUUGAAGCAGUGCUCAAAACAGGAAACCGAAUGAAUGUGGGAACAAUCAGAGGAGGUGCUAAAGCAUUCAAGCUCGAUGCACUCCUUAAACUUUCUGAUGUAAAAGGAACAGAUGGUAAGACUACCUUACUCCAUUUCGUUGUCCAAGAAAUAAUCCGGUCAGAAGGGAUUCGAGUAUCAGAUAGCAUUAUGGGGAUGAUCAAUCAGAAAAACAAAACCAAAACCGUCGAAGAAAGGGAAGAAGAUUACAGAAGAAUGGGACUAGACCUUGUUUCAGGUCUAAGCACAGAACUCUACAAUGUCAAGAAAACAGCUACAAUUGACUUAGAUGUUCUUGCAAGUUCAGUCUCAAACCUCUCAGAUGGGAUUGAUAAAUUACAACAUCUAGUAAACAAAGACUUAUCAACCGACAAAAAGAGCAUAAACUUUGUGCACACAAUGAAAACCUUCCUAAAUUAUGCAGCAAGGAAUCUAAAAGAGUUGCGCGAAGACGAAGAUAGAGUCCUAUUGCACGUUAGGGAAAUUACUGAAUACUUCCAUGGAAACGUAAGCAAAGAUGAAGCCAACCCACUUCGUAUUUUCGUGAUUGUAAGAGACUUUCUGGGAAUGCUAGAUCAUGUCUGUAAAGAACUUAGGAGCCUCAAAGUCCCUAGCAUUCCAAACCCUCUUGCUCCAUUUAGGUAGAUUGGACAAUUGCAUUGUGUGUUUAUACUUUAUAGGAUUAUCAUCCAAUCACCAACUUGAAUGUAGCCUUAUUUUUUUGUGAAUUUCAUCUAGGGUUUUGGCUUGUUUAGUUUGAUUGGCCUUGUAAUCCCAAGUAGCUGUGGGAUCAAGGCUUUGUUAAGUGAGCUAAGUUAGACUGAAUUGAUUGCAUAAAGGAUUUGCAAUGACAGUCAAUGUAUUAAUCA